AUGUUGUCCAAGAGCUCUGAAGCGGUGGCUCACUUUGCUGCUGUAACUUUCUGCCAGUCCCCUGUAAUGCGGGUUGAGGCAGACUCCAGGCCCUUGACAGGCGAAGCAUCUGCUUGUAGCGUAAUGUUCCAUUGCGAUAACAAUUUGUGUCCCUCUUCAGACAUUGAGGCGACUUUGUCGGAUCCAUUCCUGUGGAUGAUGAGUCGGGUGGGAAAUCCCCAUAUACAAGGGACCUGCAUCUCUCUUAGCACCUUGGUGAUGGUACCAAAGGACCGCCUCUUGGCUAGCAUGGCUGGGGGACAGGCCCGCAAAGAGCUGUAUGCCAGCGUACCUGCCUGUCAUCUGCGCCGGGUCUCUGGUCGCCUGCAUCAGCCGCUCUUUAGAAGCAAAAAAGUGGACAUGGACAAUAAUAUGUCUUGGUACCGCAGCAGGAGUGUCCCUAUCCAACUCCAAAUCUUGGGCCGAAGCAUCAGACAGCAACGUUUGAAACAACUGGUGAAGGUAUUCCUUCAAAUCCGGCGCUUAACUUCCCCCUGGGAUGCCACGCAGGCGGAUGUUAUUCCUGCGGGCCCUAUCCUCCAGGUUGGUGAGUGUUAUGAGCCUCUAUGAUCUCUUCCGUUUUGUCUUCUAAGUGAGCAGUCUGCUCACAUAUGGCUUGUACAUCCCAUCUGAUAUCUGCAGCCAAUUUCUGGAAGUCAGACCUGAUGGUGGUCUUUAAAUCAUCCAACAGCUUAUGUAGGGUGUUAUCCAAAGUCGGCAGUGCUGUAGCCUGUGAGAUCGAGGUCAUGUCACUGCGGCUUGACUUACUGAGUUCCGACUCUGUGAUAGGAGAUAGUGCUUCCUCAGUGCCAUCGUGGGUGCGCUUGCUAAGGCUGAGACCUGGAGCAAGGGGGUUUUGUGUUUGGUUUUCCAUACUGACUUGCUCACCAUCUCCGCUGGAGAUCAAGGUAUUGUGGUAAGUGGCAGAAAAUUUCACCGAUUGCAUGGAUUCAAGCUGUUUUUAGCCGUUGCCGGCGGAGCUCUCAUCUUAUGCGUCCGUCUACAUUCAAGUCCUGGCCACGCCCAACGUCUCAUCUUUUCUACAACAUCCAGAAGGAUUUUAUUUGCUUUUAUUUCCAUUUAUUUUUAUUUGACGUUUAGUGUUUUUAUCACUGCAAUAAAUAUUUGUAUUUUUUACCUGAUGCUGCCGACAUCCUCUUUUCCGUGAUCCAGAACAGAACCCCCACAUUCAACCUAUCCCCAGAUGGCUUGGAUCUGAGCGCUCAAUAUAUCCAAACAGCGCUCAGAUCCCACAAACACAGUCAAAUCGCCAUGGAGUUUAAGUGUAGCAUGGGCUGAUGAGUGAGGCAGGAGGCUGGUAAUCAGGCUUCUCCAUAACCCAGUGGCGAGGUUAGUUUCGCCACACUCCCUGGAUUGGUCAGUGCUAUUGGUGAUUUGCGGUUUGUAAAUAUCCUGACUGCAGACCAAGAGUGAUCCUCAUCCGCUUCUUAGUUGCACUUCAUGUCUACUUUCAUUACCCAAUAACAGUGGAGAUCCUACCUUGGCUGUAUCCAUGCUUUUAUAAUAACCCUGAUAGUCCUUAGGUCAAUAACAACCGCUGGAUAAAUAAUUACUGCCAUACCUCUGAUAUGUGUCGGUGUCAUCCUGUUAUUUUCGGAACGUGUCUACCUGUCAGUGUUUUUGUGUGGCAUUCUUUGGUAUAGACUUCAAACUGGCUUAAAGAUUAAUUGAAGACCGUAAUUAAUUGAAAGAUUUGAUGAAAAAAAAUUAAACAAAAAUAAAAACAGUGGUAGGUGGAACUAUCUCAUAGUUCUAUUUUGGAACCCCUUAUUUUUAAUGUCUUUAUUAAAUAUCUAAAACAAUUAUCCUUAUCGUGGGUUUAUAAUAGAUAUUAUUACUGAUCUUAUCAAUGUUUGCAGAUUACAAAACUAAAUAAAAUAAUAACAUUUGAUCUGAAAAGGGUAGGCAGGUCAGGUAUGUGGCAGAUGAGAUUUAUUGUAGAUAUAUACAAAGUUAUGCAUGUAAUUAGGAGGAAAAAAAAGUGCACAGUUUUUUAAAUUAAAAAAUAGCUUGAAUCAUUUUGCUCUACAAAUAUUAAUUGAUGAGCAUAAUGAUGCACAAAAUAUAGAUGCACAUUAUAUUUUAUUACCGUAUUCAAUAAUUAAUAACUACCUCUUCCCUACAGGUAUCACUGCAUUCCCAUAACUCCAUAAGCAAUGAAAAAAAAUAUUCUAGAGUAUAAGGUAUAGAUAUUGCAUAUAUAACCUAUAUAUGCUUCCCGAUGACAAUUAUUUAUAUAGCACCAACAUAUUCAACAACGCUGUACAAUAGGUAACAGAAUACAAACAAUUCUAACAAACAUGUUUGACAUAUGGGAAUAAUAGGUGAAGAGGGUCCUGUGCAAACAAGCUUACAAUUUAUUUAUUUAGAGCAGCUAUAGUUGUUAAAAGAAGGUGAGUUUUUACCAGCCUCCCAAGCAGCCCAACAACUCUCCUCUCUAACAACUCAGUAUAAAUAUAAUAAGAAAUAAUCAGCAGGUGUCAUGUAUUUCAUCAGAUUCAGAACCAAUUGCUCUAUGUAACAAGAGAGACAUCUAGUUAUUCUGAAUUACUAUGGAUUGUGGCCAUUAGAGAAACCAACUAAAAAAAUCAUUCUCAGCUCUAUUUACUAUACAUAUGCAUUAAUUCUAUUUUGUGGUGAAGGUUGUGUUUGGAGUCAGCACUAACACUGUAACUAUAUAUAUAUCUUUUCAAUACAUGAUUUUAAAUAAUAUUAUAAAUAAGUUACUUUGAGAAAGAAGCCCCAACUACACUAUGAAAGAGGACUGUUGGAUACAUGUCAGAACUUCAAAUAUGGUGCCCCUGAUCAACACAUUCUUGUGACGGACUGCCUGGCACCCCUACCGGGUACCUCUGUCAAUCGUUGCUUCCUAGUACUUGUGAGUACCAUAAGCACUGCACUGGAACACCAUAACCUCCGUAAACCCCACGCACCACCGCAGCUUGGUUGGGGUCUUGCCGUUCUCCACCCACCCUGGACCCAGGACCAAGUUCCAGCUUCAAGUGGGUAGACCUCUCGUAGUCCAGAGAGUGUAGCAGGAAUAGCUCUUAUAAGAGCUAGUGAUUAUACUCAGGGGAGUAUAGUGAUUAUAGCAAUCCCCAGAGUGAAUGUAGUUCUCCAAUCCCUCAAACAUGAGUCAAGACUUCAUGAAGGGAUAAACAAAUCUCUCUUUAAUGGGAGCCACACUGAACUUUUAUGCAAGUCCCCAAGCAAGAUCUACACCCACAUGGACCUUGUUGGGGACAGGGACACAAACUUGCAAACCAAUAAUAACACAUUUAUAAUGUAAGGCACUCCCACACAUAGCACACAAUCCCUUCCUGCUUGGGAGAUAAUUGGAUCAGUAACUGUACUAAUUCUAAUCCAAAUAUCUCCAAGCACAGAAAAAACAUACUUUUUAAAAACACCCCAAAAGUACCUUAAAAAUACAUAAACCCCCACAUCCCCUGAUAGCCCUGAUCUGGGUGACCAACAUAUCCAGAAAUCCAAAAAUAUCCAAAAAUCACCCAGAUCAGUUCAGGGGUUCAGGAGUUUCCUGGAAGUCUUAUUUUUGACCGACUGUACAUAUGGUCCCAUGCCCAAAACAGUUCCAGAAAAUUAGUGCUAACGGUCGGUCUCUCUGUCUGGAGUACAAAAGUACAUACUUCACAUGAACAGAGCCUUUUAAAAAGUAAUUUAGCCAGGUCUAUUGCAGGGGCCAUAGUCACAGGAUAAGAGGCUGGCCAGCAGGCUCCUCCAAGAACCAGUGAUGAGGUUCAGUUUGUCACAAUUCUACUUGCCCUAGAUAGGCAGAGAGUGCUUAACAAUAUGAAGUAAAUUCUAAUGUAUUGUUUGUUAAUUAUCAACACGUUAGUGGCUGCUAAUGAGCUGUUAACAACAGUAAAUCAAUCACAAUUUCACUAUUCCAAGACUUUUCCACAACACUUUUAAACUUAUUGAUUUGGAGAAAAAUUAUCCUUUUUAAACAGUCAAACAUAAGCAAUUCCAAUUCUUCCAAUGAAGAGUUAUCUACAAUUAUCGGAUGUAUCGAACAUUUAGCAAAUUCACCACAUUAAAAAGUACUUGAAAAGAAAAUGUUAUUUAUUGGAUACACUGGAUUUAUUGGAGACACUGGAUUUUAAUUUACCCUCUUAAUUAAUUAAUUAAUUACAUAAUGAGGCCCUACUGAUUUAAAAAAAAAAAAAAAAGAAUUGGCUGUCAGUAAACGUGACUUGCACAGCACAAUAGGCUUAGUAGAGAGUUGUUGCUAAGUUGAAUAACAACGAUGAUCACAGUUUGUGGCUUUGAUGUCUUAUAAAUGUAUACAUAUGCAGCAACUGAAUACUGAAACUUCAAUUAUUUGCCUUUAUGUGCACUUCUGUGAUAUACCAUGACCAGGAUUAAACUGAUGCUAGAACAAUAUCAGAAAAAAACAAACAUCUUUAUGCACUGAAUACAAAUGCAUGUGAAAUGUGCUGUAAAUGUGUGUUUCAUUAUCAUCACACAUUCUUGUAAUGGGGCCUUAUCAUUACCAUGCAGACAAUCGGUUUACUGCAGAAUAAAGCCUCAGAAUUAAGUACUGCAGACAGCAUGUCCCACAGGAGUCCAGAACAGAAGUCAGAACUGUAUGAGAUUUUAACAUCUCUCCUCUCUGUGUUCAGAAACCCGGAAAAAAAAUUCUAAUCCACGUGGUGUACAAACUGACUUUACUGCAAAUUCUUAUCAACCUCUAG